AGGAGUACUAGUUUGGGAAACGUGAAAACGGGCAGAGAAGCUCUUGGAGAUCAUCUUUAAAGAGGGGGUUUAGAAUAUCGGACGAAGCUACUGUCGUUCGCGCGACAGCACAGCAGUAAGAUAUUUAGAAACAUCUAGGAAUAUCUCUUAAGUCUCAAAGAAACUCCGCCAUAACUAUGUGUAGCUGGGCUCUAGUUUCACUUCUUCUGGUGUCAGCGACUACCAUUCGAGCUUCCCCCACUCCCGAUGGCAGUGUAGAUAUAGGUGUCGACGCCUCCUUUGAUACUUCAGCAGACUUGAGUGCCGACAUUGGCUUUGAUGAAACGAUUGAAGCUCAGAUUAGUGGAAGUGACGACUCUUCAGUUUAUCAAGGACCCAUCGAAUGGGACGAUGACUGUGACUGUCGUCGGGAUGACAAUGACUACUAUGAUGACAUCUUAUAUAUUGCGAGACGAUACCAAGAUUUCCUUUCUGUAAGAGAUUUCCAAACCUUCGCUGAGAAAGAGGUGGAUGCCGUUCGAAGACAUUUUUUCAACCACGGCUCAGAUAACGAAACUACUCUUUUUGAAAAUGAACGUGCAUUUCAAAGAUUGCGUCUGAGACCUAGAGUUUUGCGCGGUGUUGGUGUUCGUGACACUACAACUCAACUCUUAGGAGAUGAUGCUUCAUUCCCUCUUGGGAUUGUUUCUUACGGUUUUGGAGAAUUCGCUGAUCCAGAUGGUGAAAUCGGACUAGCCAGAGCGGCGGAGUGCGAAGGUGUUCCGUUUAUCGUCAGCCCUUUCAGCAGUACAGAUUUAGAGGAAAUAUCACUGAGAGCUCCUCAUGCCAACCUGUGGAUGGAAACCUUCAUAUUUUAUGAUAGAAGUAUCAUCCAAAGCAUUGUAGAAAGAGCAGAGGCGUCAGGAUACAGAGCCAUUGUUGUCUCUGUUGACCGGCCAGUUCGUGCAAAUCUUGUACAAUCUGCUCAUGAUCAUCUCGUCCUGCCAGAGUACAUUCGUUUCCCGAACAUCGAGAACGAUGAAUCUAAUGAAGGGUUCGAGCAUUUGGAUGCCAUACAAGAGAACUUGAUUGAUGCUGAUUUCGGUGGUAAUAACCGAAACUAUUUCCGUCGUCACCACGUGCUGUCCAACAUCGAACUCGUGAAAGGUAGAGGCUAUUUCAAAACGACCAAAGUCGACCAGAAAUACGAAAGAUACGAGCAUUGCAUCGGCUCAUUCCUAAUCUCGGAGUACCACGACUACAUAGUGAAUCCCGAAGCAAGCUGGGAAGAUCUUCGUUGGAUCACGACGUUGACUGAUCUGCCAAUCGUUAUUCGAGGCAUCCUGACUGGAUGCGAUGCCGUCAGAGCCGUUGAAAACGGUGUAAGUGCUAUUAUUGUUGGCAACAGUGGUGGCCAAACAGUUGACACAGCCCCAGCAUCAAUUGAAGCUCUUGCCGAAGUUCUGGAAGCUGUAGAUGUGUACCAAAACAUCGAGGUGUACCUGGAGGGAGGAGUGCGAUGGGGAACUGACAUUUUCAAGGCCCUCGCCAUGGGAGCCGAUGCAGUUUUCAUAAACAAACCUGCCACGUGGGGCCUCUUUCAUAGCGGCAAAUGUGGAGUUAGAAGGGUCAUUCAACUGCUCCGAGCAGAAUUCGAUAGAGACAUGGCCUUUAUGGGAACGAAGCAUGUAGAUGAGAUUACAUCCACCAUGUUGGUGAGCGAGAAUUAUUUCCACAACAGAUACAGGCCCGAUGACGUAGAUGCAAGAAACACGGUCCGUGAAGAUCAACUCGAGUGCCCGUUCGGCUACGAUUACGACGAGGGUUACCAGCAAGACCUCACAGACGUAAAUGAUCUCAAUUUGAUCAAGAGAAACGGAAAAUUCCGCACAUAUCUUUAGGUGAAACCUUGCGUUUCACGAACUGAAAACUGUUCCUUGUAGAGGCAGAAACUACCCAAGCAUCAUCCUUUUAAAAUAAUCAAGCAAAAAAACGUUCCUUAUAAAUCUGCACUGCUGAUAAUGUAAAUAAGACAAAAAACUAUUUCCUGGAACAUUGACUGCAAAAAUGUUUCAGGUUUACUUCAAAAAGGUUAACAAGUAGAAGUUCAACAAACAGUUGCUAAAGUCUAGCUUCAAUUACAAAAAUUUAUAUUAUAAAUAAAACCAUCAUGUUAUGGAGUCUGCGAGUCUAUUUUACAGAAUAAAGACAUUUUGAAAUUAAA